AUCGUUGCCGUCGACAACACGCAGGUCGUUGGAAAAAGCAUCGCAAGGCUGCUUGACUGGUUACAGAACGUCCACCUGAUCGGGUACAGCCUGGGUGCCCAUGUUGCUGGCUUUGCUGGGAACCACGUCCAUGGGACGAUAGGCAGAAUUACAGGUUUGGACCCGGCUGGCCCGAUGUUUGAAGGAGUGGACCCCAGCAAGCGCCUCUCCCCCGACGAUGCUAACUUUGUGGAUGUCCUUCACACCUACACGAGGGAAACGCUAGGUGUUAGCAUUGGGAUCCAGAUGCCUGUAGGCCACCUCGACAUCUACCCCAAUGGAGGAGACUUCCAGCCUGGCUGUGGCUUAAGUGAUGUCUUGGGAGCGAUUGCCUAUGGGACAAUCGGUGAAGUUGUUAAAUGUGAACACGAGCGGUCCGUGCACCUCUUUGUGGACUCCCUCGUCAACCAAGACAAGCAAAGCUUCGCGUUUCAGUGCACCGAUUCCAGCCGCUUCAAGAAGGGGAUCUGCCUGAGCUGCCGGAAGAACCGCUGCAACGGCAUCGGCUACAAUGCCAGGAGGACCCGCAACAAGAGAAACAGCAAGAUGUACUUAAAAACAAGAGCUGACAUGCCGUUCAAAGUCUACCAUUAUCAGAUGAAAAUGCACGUCUUCAGCUACAAGAGCCUGGGAGAGGCUGAUCCCACUUUCUCUGUCACCCUUCACGGCACCAACGGAGACUCCGAGCCUCUCUCUUUAGAAAUGCUUGAUCAAAUCGGCCUGAAUGCUACCAACACCUUCCUGGUCUACACUGAAAAGGACAUGGGCGAGCUUUUAAAAAUAAAGCUCACCUGGGAGGGAACGACUCAGUCGUGGUACGAUCUGUGGAAAGAGCUGAAGAGCUACUGGUAUCGGCCUGCGAAGUCUUUCCAGGAGCUGCACAUCAGGCGCAUACGUGUGAAAUCUGGGGAGACGCAGCAGAGGUUUGCUUUCUGUGUGGAGGAUUCCCAGCUAACCAGUAUAUCUCCUGGGAAAGAGCUCUGGUUUGUGAAGUGUGCAGAUGACUGGCAGAAAAGGUCUGUCUCAAAUCUGCUCUGA